AUGUCGCGAUCACCACCUCCAUCGCUAUCGUCAAUGUUGCGCAUUCCUCUUGCCCUGAGACGCACUGGCACGCAACGACCUACCACGGACGAAACAUACAUCAGCUGGCGGCAUCAUUCCCCGUCCAAUGAGCCAGUUACCUGGUAUGAUACCCGUGUCACUCGCGUAUAUGCUCUUCGCUACUCGAAUGGCAAUGCUAGAACCCGUGGAGCACCGUAA